AUGGACUACUUCCGGGGGGACAGCAAGGCUCAGGCUCAGGCAAACAACAACCAACGAGCUGGCAAUGAAGCCAGCACAGAAACCCCCACCACGAGGCCAUCGAGGUCUGCAUCGACACGGUCGAGCUCGCAUGACACCAAGUCUCACCGGCUGUCACGACACAUGGACUAUGACGACGCCUCUGAGACAUCAGGAGUCUCGAUGAGCUCGACCAAGGCGUCGACGGGGAGUUCCCCACCGUCAUCAAGCAGCAACGGCUCCUCUCACCAGAGUGCCUCGCUCCGUCCUUCGAGGACCACCAAAACCGCCAACACUGCACGACCAAAUUCGAUCGCCGCUGCCGCCCCUGCACGACCUGUCUAUGGACUCGAGCAGGAGCCCUACAGGCCACCAGUGUCACACAGUGUCACUGCCCCAGCCUAUCAGCGCCCCACGUCGAUGUACGCGAGCAACCCGCAACAGAGCAUCUUCGGCAGCCAGCAUGGAAUCAGAGAGGCACCGGCGGCGCCGCAGCCGCCUCCCGUGUCCUCGAGCAGCAGCCGGUCUGUGCCUCCUCUGUCCACCAACCCCUUCUCGAGCAGCACACCUGGCCUGAAUCAACUGGGCCUCCCGGGAGGUAUGGGGCCACAGAUCAGCCAGCCCCCGGUGCCGAUGCAUAUGCCAGGUGCUUUCCCAGCUGAGUCCACCGUCCCUUACCGCCGGCCGACGGACUUGACAACUCAGCUGUCCAUGUCCAACUCCAAUAUUUCCAUGGAUCACUUUUCCAGUGACAACAUUUGGGACUCGGAAGGAGACAGUGCGUCGUGCCUGUCUACCAGCACAACUGCUACGAGUGUCAUGUCGGACAUGACCGAGAAAGGCGACACCUACAACAUCACGCCGACUCAGACAACGACCUCGUCCAGGACCACGACGCCUACACAGGCCCUUGGACGAGAACAACCCCAGUCCCGUUCGGCGGCUCAUACCCCUGGCCCAUCCAUUCUUCGCCAUGCGGGACAGAAGUCCAUCCUUUCUAAUGGGAGCAAGGAUUCUGCGUCUUCAUCGUCGACCAAGACGAUGUCAAGCAGCCACUCUUCCAAGUCAUACACCUCUUCAUCGAACUCCUCGGCGACCAGAAGCAGCACCGGCAGCGCCCCCCAUAUCCAUAUCGAGGUCAACCGGUCCACAGACUCGCGCGAUCACCGCGACGAUCACCGGAACCGGCAGCUGGUGGAGGAGGCACUGGUGGACAAGAUCGCCCAGCUCAAGCUCGAGCAGAGCCAGGCCAAGGAAGCCAAGCCCACACCGGCCCCGGCCCCAGCACCAGCCAUCAAGCGGGUACCCUCGGUGAGGUUCGCAGAGCCGGAGAAGGUCAAAGUCAAGGUGGAGCAAAAGCCUGCGAAGCCGACAGUCUCUGAGCAGGAGAAGAACCUCAGCAAGGAGCUCGUCCAGCAGACCAAGGAGGUCCAGAAACUGGAGUUGGAGAUCGAGAAGAACAAGCUGCAGAUCCGAGAGAAGGAGAGGGCGGAGCUCGAGAGAAAGCUCAAGGAAGAGGCUGCCGAGGCGGAACGCAAGAAGGAACACGAGCGACAACUGAAGAAGCUCCAAAAAGAGAAGACCGACCUCGAGAACGCCACGAAGGAGCGCGAGCGAGCCGACAAGGAGCGCGAAAAGGCCGAGAAGGAGCGUGAGAAGGCAACCAAAGAACGCGAAAAGGCCCGCCAGAAGGAGCGCCAGCAGAUCGACAAGAAGCUCAGCGACAUCGAGAAGGCGCAGCGGGAGCACGACAAGCUGCAGGAGUCGUUCAUCGACCAGGGCAAGAUCCUGGCGGACCUCAAGGCGCGGUUCGACGCGCAGGCCAAGACGCUCGAGGCGACCGAGGCGGAGCGCGCGGGCCUGCAGAAGAUCAAGGACGAGUUCGAGAAGCGGUGCGCCGACCUGUCCAAGACGCUCAGCCACGUCAGCGACAAGGAGCGGUUCGUGGUCGAGCAGGUGGCGUCGCUGCAGAUCAUCAAGGAGUCCCUGCAGGGCCGGGUGGGUCCGCUCGAGACGAGAGUCGAUGAGCAGGAGAAGGAGAUCAGCAUGCUGCACGGGGAGCGAGACGGGCUGUACCAGGACGUCAAGAACUACCUGCACCGCAUCACGGAGCUCGAGAACGGGAUGAAGGGGCUCGUGGAGGAGAAGCAUGGGUUGAUGGUGCGGAUCGGGGCGCUCGAGAAGGCAAAGUCUGGCCUUGAGGAUCAGAUUAAGGACCGUGAUGGGCAGAUUAGGGACCGCGACGGGCAGCUCCAGGAUCGUGAUGGGGAGAUCAAGAGCUUGACCAACAGCCUCGGGGACCGCGCCAAAGAGACGCAGCAGCACAUCGCUUCCCUCAAGGACGAGCACAAGAAGCAGAUGGAAGGGCUCGAAGCCGCCAAGGACGCCCUCAUUUCCGGCCUGACCGUGGGCCACCAGCUCCAAGUCCAGGACUUGGAGGAGCAGAUCGCCGUCCUCAAUGUUCACGUCGACGGCGCACAUGCCGAUGUCGAAAAGUUCAAGGACACUGUCAAGUCUCUGGAAGACAGCCUCAGCGAGGAGAAAGCUAGAGUCGACGAGGAGAAGUCGAAGGCUGGUGUUGAACAGUCGAAGGCCGACACGCUGGCCGCAGAGCGAGACGCUCUCAACACACAGCUCGAUGGCCACAAACUUCUCGCCAUCAGCCAGGAGAAGGACCUGCUUGACCUCCGUUCGAAGCUUGCAAACUCGGAGGGCGAAGUAGCCAAGCUGCAAGAAGCCAGCAAGACUCUUGAGGCGGAGCACGAGGAACUUCAGAAGCUGGCGGCCUCCCUCGAAGAGAGCAAGAGUCAGCCUCAGCCCGAGCCAACGCCCGCGGAUGCGCCACCGCCGCCCGAAGAACACGCGCCCGAGCCUACCGCCGCCGAGGCCGAGGCCGAUAUUAUCGUGGUCGAAGAGGAGCAAGAAGCCCCCAAGCCAGACCUAGAGAGCCUGCAGACCCAGAACCAGGAGCUCACGACCAAGACAGCCGACCUGGAAGCCAAGAACGCAGAGCUCGCCAGCCAGGUCGAGACCACCAAGACCGAGCUGGGCACGCGCAUCACCCAGCUCGAGGGCGAGCGCGACACGGCGGCGUCGGCCCUGAUCGUCGCGCAGGUCGAGCUGAGCCACACGAAGGCCAUCGCGGAGCGCGUGCCCGCGCUCGAGGAGGAGGCCUCCAAGGUGCCCACCCUGACGGCCGAGAAGACCACCCUCGAGGCCAAAGUGGCCGACCUCGAGGUCCACGCGGCCCAGGUCCCCGCGCUGCGCGGCGAGUGCACCCGGCUGGCAGAGCAGCUGGCAGCCGCGAACAACCUCGUCGCAGCCCUGAGCGCAGCCCACGACGCGGGGCUCAACGGCGCACACAUCCCACUGCCUCAGUCCCCCCCGCCCAGCAUCCCCAGCCCUGGUCCGCAACCAGCUGACAUCCCGAUCCCUCCCAGCCCAAGUCUGGUCGGCCCCCCUCCUCCCCCGCCCGCCGAGCGCCGCAAGGUCCGGAGCAGGGCGCCCAGCAUGGCGCGGAGCGUGUCGUCGCGCAGCUCGGCCGUGUCGAAGAAGUCCUCGGCCGGGGUGCGGGAUGACCUCGCGCUCGUGGUGGUGCGGGAUUCCAAGGACCGGGGGAACGUUACUGUUGUGCGCAAGUGUGACCUGCGGGCUCCGAGGAGCAGGAGCCAGGGGCCUGUCAAGGAGUGA